AUGGCAGCAUCCCACGCACGAGACUUCAGCGCCAAACAACUCUCCUGGAUCUUCAUCCCCAUCCUGCUCAUACUCUUCGUCCUCGGCGCCAUCAUCUUCGGCCGCUACUACAGUCGACGUCGCCGCGCCACACGCCAACUCAUUGCCGCCGGAGUCGUGUCUCAAGAUCUCGAGAAGGCAGCGGCGAAUGCCCAUCGAUCCAUCUCCCACGUCCCGCUUCCCGCACCGUAUUACGGGCGAGAGCAUCCCGGGAGCGGCAGUGAUAGCUCGAGCUUUGAGAGCAUCAAGAAGAAGAGGAGGAUUGUGAGUAAGUUGCCUAGUCCAAGAGAGUAUGUUCUUGAGGAUGUGGAUUUGGGCGGGGAUGUCGAGGUCCCGAUGCCUGCUUAUGAUCGGCCGAGGAGGGAUUCGGAGACGGGGAUUUAUAGCACACGAUAG